GUUAAUAGAACACAUUUUUGAAACAGAAUGAAAAUUGUAAAGCGAGAAAAAGAGAAAAAAUGCAGCUCUACUCUUCAUCUCCAAACCCAAAAUUCACACUACUUCCCUUAUCAAACUCUUGCAACACCAAUUCUAAUCCAUCAAAGUUUCAAUAUGUAUCAAUUCCAUACCCAAAAAUCCUUAAUUCCUCAUCUUCACAUGUCAAACUCCCACCUUGUUUCUCUAAAGAACCAUCACUUGAUGAGAAACUACUUUGUAAUGAUUCCGACGACGAGUACGAAGAGUCUAAAGAAGAUGACACAAUUAAGAAAGAACUACUUACAGUUCGUAAACCAGUAAUGGAGUUUCCAGUGGAGGAGGAAGAAGAAGAAGCUGACAAUGAUGAUUCUUCAGUGAGUAAGAAGACCAACGAAGAUGAAAUUGAAGUGAAAGAAGAAGUAGAAGAAGAUAAGUUUGCUGUAUCGUCUACUUCUUCGGUUACAAUCGAUGCAGGUCUUUCGGAUUUCGCCAAGAAAAUGCCGAUAUUUGAACCAGAGACUAGAGUACAAUUGACUUCAGAAAAGAAGCCACUUGGGAUAAAUUUGGAAUUAGCAUUAUAUAGAGCCAAGGUAUUAGCGAGAAAUUUUAAGUUCCAAGAAGCAACAGAAAUUCUUCAGAAGUGUAUAUCAUUUUGGCCGGAGGAUGGGCGGAUUUAUGUUGCUCUUGGUAAGGUUUUAAGUAAGCAAUCGAAAACUGAUGAAGCGAGGAUAACAUAUGAGAAAGGUUGCCAAGCUACACAAGGGGAGAAUCCGUACAUAUGGCAGUGCUGGGCUGUAUUGGAAAGUAAGAUGGGAAAUGUAAGGAAAGCAAGAGAGCUAUUCGAUGCUGCUACAGUUGCCGAUAAGAAGCACGUUGCAGCUUGGCAUGGAUGGGCAGUUUUGGAGCUCAAACAAGGAAAUAUCAAUAAGGCUAGAAACCUUCUUGGUAAAGGUAUAAAAUAUUGUGGCGGAAAUGAAUACAUAUAUCAGACACUCGCUUUGCUUGAAGCUAAAGCAAAUCGUAUCGAGCAGGCUCGCUACUUAUUCAAACAGGCUACUAACUGCAACCCGAAGAGCUGUGCUAGUUGGCUCGCGUGGGCACAAUUGGAGAUGCAACGGGAGAACAACCGCACUGCAAGACAGCUAUUUGAGAAAGCAGUACAGGCUAGUCCAAAGAACAGGUUUGCAUGGCAUGUUUGGGGAAUUUUCGAGGCCAAUCUGGGUGAUAUUGAGAUCGGAAGAAAACUUCUAAAGAUCGGCCAUGCGCUUAAUCCAAGAGAUCCUGUUCUCCUUCAGUCUCUCGCCUUAUUGGAAUACAAAUACUCAACUGCUAAUCUUGCUCGAGUACUAUUCAGGAGAGCAUCCGAACUGGACCCACGGCAUCAACCAGUGUGGAUUGCCUGGGGAUGGAUGGAAUGGAAAGAAGGGAACAUUUCAAAAGCUAGGGAACUUUACCAAAGAGCAUUGUCAAUUGACUCAACAACUGAAAGUGCUGCUCGAUGUCUUCAGGCUUGGGGUGUAUUAGAACAAAGGAUUGGUAAUAUGUCUGCCGCUAGGAGAUUAUUCAGGUCCUCGCUGAACAUAAACUCUCAGAGCUAUGUGACAUGGAUGACAUGGGGAGCACUGGAAGAGGAUCAGGGUAAUUUUAUACGUGCUGAGGAAAUUCGAGACCUCUAUUUUCAGCAGCGAACCGAAGUCGUUGACGAUGCUUCGUGGGUUAUGGGAUUCAUGGACAUCAUUGAUCCGACACUCGACAGGAUAAAGAGAUUCUUGAACUUAGAAAACUCACAAAUCCAAGAAAUGGAUUCUGUGAGAAACAUUGUUCGAACGAAUAGGAGCAGCAUUGACGAUGAAGAUUUUGUUGAUACUUCUUCCUCAAGUAGUCUUCCUGACCUCAAGAAUGAAGAAGAAAGAUCUGAUGCCAGUACUCCAAGUAGUUUUGAUUUGGAUGGUUUUAUCAAAAGAAAGUUAUCUCUGGAUGUGUCAAGAUUGGAUUUUCAGAUAGAAGCUAGCAGGACAACGAAUCCAACAAAAGUUAACUAUUCGAGAAACGUGUGGAGACCUGAAAAAAAAACAUUGUUACGUUAACCUUAAUCUUGAUAAGCUCCAAUACGAGAUUGUUACAAUGUUCAUUCGUCAUCCGCAUACUGUAUGGUGAAGGCCUAUUUGGAUCGUUACAUUGUCAUUUAUGUACUCAAAAACACUAUUAUAUAACAUCAACAUGUAAAUAAUUUCAGACGGUAUUCCUUUCUUGAGCUUUUCGUAUUGGGAGUCGCUGAGUAAAUGAUACAGUAUCAAUUACAGUA